CAACGACCUUGGUGGCGACUACCGGGGCGACCAGCUUGUUGUAUCCCAGUCCGUAGCUAUUAUCAACGAGCUUGGUGGCCAAUACCGGAGCAACCGAUGGGUAUUCGACCACCUUCUUCACUGUCGGAUAGGAACUGUACAACGAUGGGUAGGCGUACUUGUCCACAGCUGCUGGCAGACCGUACGAAGAUCCGACGACCACCUUCGACAGGGGAAGUCCAUAGCCAUAGCUCUGGUAGGACAGAUCAUCAUCGUAUGAGAGGUAGGACGCCUCGGACACAGCGACCAACGCCACAGCCAUGAUUGCGAUGAAGAACUGGAACGCAGGAGAGGAUAGUUGUAGAAGCGAUUUGAACAAUUAGAUCUGAAUUCCUCACGACGCUUACCUUCAUUUUGAUUGAUUUUGUAGAAUGUGUUGAUAGAAGCGCUGUACGAAUACUGAUGCCGAUAACAUCAGCGGUCGCAUCUUUUAUAGCGCCACCUACCGGAAGUGUAAAACGAAAGGAAAACUCCUUCGUCAAGGUCUUUUGACCGGAAAAUGUGUCGCUUGGAGUUUGUUAUAAAAACAGACGAUAUUUGGGUCAUACGAUCACAGUUCACUUGCAACGUUUUCGCGAUCAGAUCCAAUCGAUCGAAGAAGCACUCAACUGUAAACAUGAAGGGAUUCAUCGCGAUCGCCGUCCUGGCUUUGGCCGCUGUCUCCAAUGGAUCGUACCUGCCAGCUGUGCAGUCGGUUCUUCCGUACUCCUACAACUCUGGACUCUACGGCCUGGGUCUGAACGGGUAUGAUGGUCAGGAUCACUACUCUGGACUGGCUGGACUGGGAUACUCUUCCGUGUUGGAUCACGGACUGUCCUACCCGUACACGGCCGCCCUUCCAUACUCUGUCUACAACAACGGUUUCUAUGGAGGAUACUACGGUGCCAAGUACGCUCCCACUGUGGUCCAGGCCAACGUCAACACACUGAAAACGGUUAGCCCAUUGGGUCUGUAUGGAGGAUACUACGGUGCCAAGUACGCUCCUACUGUGGUCCAGGCCAACGUCAACACGCUGAAGACUGUUAGUCCGCUGGGUCUGUAUGGAGGAUACGGAGUGGAACACGGAUACGGUCUGGCUGUGCAGUCGGUUCUUCCGUACUCCUACAACUCUGGACUCUACGGCCUGGGUCUGAACGGGUAUGAUGGUCUGGGUCACUACUCUGGACUGGCUGGACUGGGAUACUCUUCCGUGUUGGAUCACGGACUGUCCUACCCGUACUCGGCCGCCCUUCCAUACUCUGUCUACAACAACGGUCUCUAUGGAGGAUACUACGGUGCCAAGUACGCUCCCACUGUGGUCCAGGCCAACGUCGACACGCUGAAGACUGUUAGUCCGCUGGGUCUGUAUGGAGGAUACUACGGUGCCAAGUACGCUCCUACUGUGGUCCAGGCCAACGUCAACACACUCAAGACUGUUAGUCCGCUGGGUCUGUAUGGAGGAUACGGAGUGGAACACGGAUACGGUCUGGUGCCCUUAUUAGUAGUGCGAGCGUAUGUUAGUUUGAUAAAAUGGUUUUCAGCAUGUGGUCUCUAUGGAGGAUACUACGGUGCCAAGUACGCUCCCACUGUGGUCCAGGCCAACGUCAACACGCUGAAGACUGUUAAUCCGCUGGGUCUGUAUGGAGGAUACUACGGUGCCAAGUACGCUCCUACUGUGGUCCAGGCCAACGUCAACACACUCAAGACUGUUAGUCCGCUGGGUCUGUAUGGAGGAUACGGAGGAUUCAUCGCGAUCGCCGUCCUGGCUUUGGCCGCUGUCUCCAAUGGAUCGUACCUGCCAGCUGUGCAGUCGGUUCUACCGUACUCCUACAACUCUGGACUCUACGGCCUGGGUCUGAACGGGUAUGAUGGUCUGGGUCACUACUCUGGACUGGCUGGACUGGGAUACUCUUCCGUGUUGGAUCACGGACUGUCCUACCCGUACUCGGCCGCCCUUCCAUACUCUGUCUACAACAACGGUCUCUAUGGAGGAUACUACGGUGCCAAGUACGCUCCCACUGUGGUCCAGGCCAACGUCAACACGCUGAAGACUGUUAAUCCGCUGGGUCUGUAUGGAGGAUACUACGGUACCAAGUACGCUCCCACUGUGGUCCAGGCCAACGUCAACACGCUGAAGACUGUUAAUCCGCUGGGUCUGUAUGGAGGAUACGGAGUGGAACACGGAUACGGUCUGGGUCACGGAUAUGGCUACGGAUACAACAACUACCUCCCAGUUCAGGCCCAUGCUGCGAAGUACGUUGCUGCCAACCCGGGAGCCGUACAUGUGGCUCCUCUGCCAGGUCAUCUAGUCAACCAGAAGUCGAUUGUUGCUUGA